AGCAGCAGCCUUCAACCACUACGAAUCUAUGCCACGCACUUGACCCCCAACGGCACAAUCGCCGCUAUUUAUUCCCAUUCCACAUUUACCGAGCAAGGUCUCAAGCAAACCUCAGUCAUGUCCGUCAAGUUCCUGAACCAAGGAGCCACGAUCAACGAGAUCGUCGUCGGUGGCCGCAACAUCGUGCUGGGCUUCCCCACCCCCGAGCUCUACGUCGAGCACUGCGGUCCCCACUUCGGAGAGACCGUGGGUCGUGUCGCCAACCGCGUCUCAGGCGCCAAAGUGGAGCUCAACGACAAGUCGUACGACCUGAUUGCCAACGACGGCGUCAACUCGCUCCAUGGUGGCAACACGUGGGGACUCAAACCUUUCGAGGGCCCCACAGCUGUCAAGAAUCACGAGGGCAAAGACGCAAUGCAGUACAAACUCGUGAGUCCCGACGGAGACUCGGGAUUCCCCGGAACUGUCGAGCUCACAGUCACAUACACACAAAGGACCAGUAGGACCGAGAACGACAAGGAACUCGUGGAACUCGAGAUCGAAUACGAAGCGGAACUUGUCGGUCCCGAAGACGUCAAGGAGACGGCCAUUAACAUCACAAACCACAGCUACUUUAACCUCUCGGGUCGUGAAACUAUCGACGGUACCGAGGUGACGCUGGCCUCGGACCAAUAUUUGGUGCCAGACGAGGGAAAUAUUCCCACUGGGGAGGUCGAGACCUUCCCGGGAAUUAAAGCCAAUCAGGCGUUCACACUCGGGGUCAAGGAGCCCAAUGUGGACCACUGUUUCCUCAUGAACCAGGACUCCAAGAGCAUCCCGCUCGACACGCGAAAGCUGCCGCUCCAGUUGCUUGUUACAGCCGACCACCCGGACACUAGGAUCCACCUUCAAGUGCUAAGCACAGAGCCCGCUUUCCAGUUCUACACGGGCUUCUGGAACGACGUGCCGGCCGUUGCGGGACAGCCCGCACGUGGCUCCCGUUCGGGCUUCGCCGUCGAGCCUGGUCGCUUCGUGAACGCUAUCAACACGCCCAAAUGGCGCAACCAGAUGCUGCUACCCAAGGGCGAGAAGUUCGGCAGUCGCAUCGUUUACCGCGCUUGGGCAGCGUAGGCGGACUUGGAUACGAUCCGGGAUGGACAUGAGUCGUCGUUGGACCGGAAAUUACCUUUUCGUUUAGUUUUUCUUAUGAUUAAGUGCAUCUUCGACCUCUACAGUAGUUUUCACUAUUGAUAUCGUGGGAUCUUGGAUUUGCCGUACCUCCCACUGCUGUACACAAUUUGGUCUUUGAAGCUGAUGGCGUGCGUGAUAGCACUGGUUGGUGGACUAUUAAAUCUUCGCUCGAGUUGGCGGCAUCUCAUGAUUAUCUGGUAAGAAUCGUUCGUGCGUCGAUCUAACGCACUCGGGACAAACUAUUAAUACAGUAUUAAAA